UUUUCCCCUCCUCUUCUUUCAGUCAAAGAAAAACUAACAGCUGAUCCCGACAGUGAGAUAGCUACAACCAGCUUACGAGUUUCCCUGAUGUGUCCACUGGGUAAGAUGAGGCUGGUCGUGCCCUGCCGAGCCAUCACCUGCACCCACCUCCAGUGCUUCGACGCGGCGCUCUACCUGCAAAUGAACGAGAAGAAACCCACGUGGACCUGUCCCGUGUGCGAUAAGAAAGCCCCGUACGACAACCUGAUAAUCGACGGGCUGUUCAUGGAAAUCCUGAACUCCUGCACCGACUGCGACGAGAUACAGUUCGCGGAGGACGGCUCCUGGUGCCCCAUGAAGCCGAAGAAGGAGAAGCAGGAGGUGUGCCAGGCGCCCGCGUUCAGCGGGAUCGAGG